CGACGAGUCGUAUGUGUAGCAGACAAUGGCUAAACAUCACCCAGACUUGAUAUUCUGCAGAAAACAAGCCGGUGUCGCCAUUGGCAGAUUAUGUGAAAAAUGUGACGGAAAGUGCGUUAUCUGUGAUUCCUAUGUCCGACCUUGCACGCUUGUACGCAUCUGUGAUGAAUGCAAUUACGGGUCAUAUCAAGGACGCUGUGUCAUAUGCGGAGGGCCGGGCGUGUCGGAUGCAUACUACUGCAAAGAGUGCACCAUCCAGGAGAAAGAUCGAGAUGGCUGCCCCAAGAUUGUGAACCUUGGCAGUUCAAAAACAGACCUGUUCUAUGAGAGAAAAAAGUAUGGUUUCAAGAAGAGGUGAAGGCUGUGCAGCAUCUGUUAAGAUUUUUUUUUUUGGUUGUACAUUCAGUUCCUUCUGUAUCAAAG